UCUCUCUAUAUUCGCUUCCAUUUCAAUUGUCAAAGCUGAAAAAUAUCUUCCAUGAUGAACAUGUCUGAAAUCUCUCCUCAUUGUGAUUUCUGCGAUGAGAGAACGGCAGUUCUCUAUUGCCGUGCGGAUUCCGCCAAGCUAUGUUUGUUCUGCGAUCAACAAGUUCACUCGGCAAACGCGCUUUCUCUUAAGCACGUCCGAUCUCAAAUAUGUGAUAACUGCAGAUCUGAUUCAGUUACCAUCCGAUGCACCACUGACAAUCUUGUGUUAUGUAACGAAUGCGAUUCAGAUGCUCAUGGAAACACAUCGGUUGCCUCUCUUCACAAUCGAGUAAGUAUCCAUGGAUUCUCUGGUUGUCCUUCAGUAACUGAACUUGCUUCAGUUUGGGGAUUUGUUCUUAAUCAUAAGAUUUUAACAGAUAAGAGUUCUUGUCAAUCUAGAGAUUCUAAGGUAACAAACUUUCAUGAUUUGAUGUUCAAAAGUGAGCACAACCAUGGCGCAAGUUCUUCUCAAAGCGUUCCUUGCUUUGAGAUUCCAAUGAUGCAGAACUUGGAUAACACAAGUUGCGGGAGAUACAAGAGUGUGGUAUUUAAACAGUUGGUUGAUUUAGCUAAAAGGGAAAUGGUGAGAUUGGAAGGAGAUGUGGCUGAGCUAGGACAUGUUGAGCUGGAUUCUAUCAAUGUAGUAGAUGAAGAGGAAAUGGUGCUGCAAGAAACACCAUUUACUUCAUUACUAAUGUUCAAUGAUCCUGUUGUUGAGGCAAGGGGAAGUGAUGGUAUAGCGAAAGCGCAGAUUUGGGAUUUUUGUUCAGGAAGAUCAAUGAGUUGCGAUCAAGCUGGAGAUACAGAAGUUGGAUGUGAUCCAAAUGGUUUUGGUUUUACCAUGAACUAUAGUAAUAACACCAUGAAAGAAAGUCCUUUGACAACACCAGAUAGUUUUGGUGAUGCAUAUGAGAUGAAUUGUUUUUCACAAUAUUUAAAUUCACCUUUGGUAAACGUAAGUCAUUUAACAUGCCUGAUAAACUGUCAAAAGGAUGGUAUGGAUGUAACCGCAACAAAAGCGCAGAACAGUAAGUUUACGGAAAUAGUUAGUAGCCGUGAGAGUUUCCAGUUUAAGGAACAUCAAGUUGAAUUGGUGGCUCAGAACAAAGGGAAUGCCUUGUUGAGGUAUAUGGAGAAGAAGAAAGCAAGAAGGUUUGACAAAUAUGUCCGAUAUGAGUCCAGAAAAGCAAGGGCCGACACUAGAAAACGGGUAAAAGGACGAUUUGUGAAAACCUGUUUGCUUGAUGAAAAGAGCUGCACUUGAAGUGUUUUUCAUAGAGAUUUUGUUGUAGUGUAUCAUAGCACAAACUCGUGUCCAUAGAUGACACAACAAACCGGUUUGUAGUGUAUUCAAUAUUUUUGCACUUUCAAAAUACCCACCCUAGGAUAGUAUUGAUUCCCAAGUAGGUGGAGCUUUGCUAUUUUUCUAAAAUGUUCCAUUCAAAAAACGUUCCAUUUUAAAAUCUUUAAAAUAAUUGUUUAGCAUAAUAUUGUAUUUGUCAAUUGUGAUCUAAAUCAUUUUUGGGUAUCAAAUUA